AUGGACAGAUCAUUUGGCAACCAUAGUCAUGGAACCGACUGCUGGAAGCACACGCUAGCCAAUUUCACUGAACUCGCGUUAUCAAAGACCAAUCGAGCCGGUCAAGGAUACACCGUAUCGUUGGGUUGCCCAACUCAUUGGGAUAUGCAAACAACGGUGCUCGAGCACGAUGAUACAGAUUUCCCAAGGACUUUGAAGGUUGAGGGACAUUCCCAAACGAAUGUGGCGUUGACUUUGAGCAUUCCGGAGGACCGAAAAGAAAGCCUACAGCGAUGCGAAAGUCUCGCCAAAGCAGUCAGAGUCGGAGACAUCAAGGUCUUCCUUGAACAGUUGACAGCGCGGGAGGACGCCCCAGCACGUAAAACGUUCCAAGGGCAUCAUACACGCCUAGCACAAGAUUUCAAGGUGGAACACAGUGAUCCGCAGUGGACGCAGCGGCGUGGCCACGAUUCGGAUGAUCAACCAGAGAAAUCGUCCAAAUCAGACUCGGAAGCCCGAAAGUACAAAGAGAUUGUUGACUACAUAAUGUCAGUCUUCCAACGUCGAGUGGUGUGGAUCAAAGAACGGAGAUUCAACAAGACGACAGAGGCUAGGGUUGGCUCAAAUGAUUCCAAUCGUUUCUAUGAUCACGUUGACGCUGCCCGGAAGAAUUCCUUCAAUCGUCGCUCUCGGUGUAUGGAUGACUUUUGUGAAGGAUUCGAUUCGAACAAUAUUUGUGUAUCCGAGGGUAUUUCCCCGGUUAAUAAGGAGCUCUGCGAAACGUGUUAUCCCAAGAGAAAUGAAGCAGUCAUUGAGCAACAUUGUGCGAUACAGGAGAUUAGGGAACGCCAGGUCUUCUACGGUGUAUGCAUAUUGCUUGGUUGCGCUAUUCUGAUGGCAGCCUUUUUGUAUGCGCUGCACGGCUUUUGCGGAAGAGUUCGAAGGCGAUAUCAAAUGUUCAGGGGUCUAUGGGGUCCUCAAAGUUCUCGAACUUCCGUCACGAAAUCACGGUCAUCUUCGGUACUGCGAGAUGAAUCUAUGCCUGCUCUUUUUCCUGGGCUAUCCUUUAGCAGGAGGCUAGAGAUUUUGCAAAGAAACAAUAACUCUGAGGCGAUGGAAGCAAAUGGCUCCGCAACAUCCCUUUCAAUUCUGCAGCGGAAGUGGCGCAAAUUCGACGUCUAUCGCAAAGACUCUCGCAGGAGGCUCCAGGAUGUCUUCGACAUUGAGUCACUCAAGGAGAAGCUUGCAGAAGAUACGCAGAAUAGUGAUAGGGUCCCAGUUCUUCCCCGAGCACCCAAUGCAAGUAUCCGGAUGCAUAUUGAGAGAAUGACCCCAAGCCACUCGUCAGAGUCGUUCAAUCGCAAGGAACUUGAAAGCAGCAAUGAUGGGUCAGCACUAUGUUAA